AUGGAUAGUGAGAUUGGCUUUGGACGCACAACACUGAAAUUCGAAUCAUCGAUUGAUCCGGUUUAUCUGGCGCUAAAGCAAGCAACCGGUAGAUAUGGAAGACGAGGCUCAUCGGCACAAAUGGAUUCCACAACACCGUCACCACGCAAUCUUUCGGAUGCGUCACUGCAAGACUCUGGCUACGCAGAAAUUAGCUACAGUCGUGGGCAAAUGGCCGGUUCUACGCCACAACUGGAUCAGUCAGGUGGAAGGAAACGUCCACCAAAACUGCAUAAGCAAAUGAAGUCGCUGUCGCUGGACUGCGCCGAUCCAACUCCGAUCACCAACACGAUGCGUUCAAGAAGCAAAUUAGCACCAACUACGGUUCGAAAGAACAGCUCAGAUGAAAUUUCUGAUUGGGACCGAAGCCGUUCGCCAUCCGGCCCAUCACCGAGGACAACACCGCGUCGAAUCAGCUCAGUUGGAUGUACUCACGUUGUUAUUCACGAAUAUUUUGCUGGUCCCGAAACUGCAUUGUACUUAGGCGAUCGCCUUCAGGUGGUUGAUAAUGGAGACCCGGACUGGCUUCACGGUUUCAAGAGCAAUGGUCGUUCGGAUCGUCUAAUCACAUUCCCAAGCACUUGUGUAGCACUGGUACAGCCUGGUGAACAAACAAUGUUACUGAGACAGAAUGUACACAUCGCUGAAUCGAAGAUGCGACUUUAUCGAGAUCAGGUGGUAUUCGCUCAACCUGAUAGUCUCAAAGAGGGUCGUGUUCUAGUGCGCACUGAACGAAACGCUUUUGUUCAUUGUCCACUGCAGUACUUAAUGCUUGUUUGA